AUGAGCCUCUCCCACCGCCUCCCCCCGGCCGCGGCGGCGGUGGACCCCUACUACGUGUAUGCGCCGCACCCGGACCCGCAGCGGCAGGGCGUGCUCACGCUCUUCGUCGCGGGGCUCCCCGACGACGUGAAGCCCCGCGAGAUCCACAACCUCUUCUCCCAUCGCCCCGCUUUCGACCACUGCCUCCUCGAGUACACCGGCCGCGGCAACCAGGUGGUUGCUUUUGUGACGUUCUUCACCCAUGAGGCGGCCCUGUCGGCAAUGACUUCCUUAAAUGGAACAAUUUUUGAUCCAGAGACUGGUGACCGUUUGCACAUCGAGCUAGCUAAAUCAACUUCACGCAGACCUCGUGGAGGUGGCGAAGUCUACCGAGUUAUUGACAAACGGGCUAACAAAACAGAAGGAAAUGCUGAUAAUGAGAAUGUUGGUGAUGAAGGUGAUGAGGAAGUGUGGGGGGAAGACGAGGAUGGAGGCAAUGAUGAUAAUGGUGAUGGAGAAUCAGAUGAGCCAUCGGGCACAGAAAAUGAAAAUUCCAGUGAUAAGAAUGAAUUGCCUGCGGAUCAGAGGUUGACACGCACUUCAUAUUACACAUAG